AUGGCUGCAGGAGUGAUCAGGAACCUGGCAGAGUUCAGGCUGCCCACUUCCUUCCAACGCUCAUUUCUCCACCCCAUCCCAUCCCAGGACAUGGACUUCCAAGACCUGUCAGAGGAAGAGGAGGAGGAGGAGGUGGAAGAGGAAGAGGACUACGAUGUGGAAGAGGACAGCCCACCCUGUCACAGUCCUGGCACAGAGGGGCAGAAAGUCACAGCUGGUUGCAGCCAGAAUGACGCAGAAAUGACCCUGCAGCUCCUGAAGUUCUCCGAGCUGAUCAGCUGCGACAUCCAGAGAUACUUUGGAAGGAAGGCCAAGGAUGAGGACCCCGACUCCUGCAACAUCUACGAAGACUGCUUCUCUCCCCGCCGGCUGGGGCGGGAGCUGUACUACGCAGACCUGAUGCGACUCGCCCAGAGUGGCGAGCUGGAUGACGAGGAUGCCCAGGGCCCUGCGGCACCCCCGGGGCAGCUCGACCAGAGGGUCUGGAGGUCCAUUUGUAACAAGGAUGGGGCACAGAAGCUGGGGCCAUUAGCGGAGCUCUUCGAAUAUGGCUUGCGCCGCUUCCUCAAGCGGAGGGCGGCUGACGGCAGGAAGCUGCGGCUGGAGAAGAAGUAUGCCCACAUCAUGCCCAUGCACAAGAGGAAGUUGCCACAGUCCUUCUGGAAGGAACCGUCACCCGGCCCCCUGUGCAUCCUCAACACAAACCCGCCUGACUUCAGCGACCUCCUGGCCAACUGGACAUCAGAGCCUGGGCAGGAGCUGCCCAGCACUGGCAGGGAGCUGGCCGGGGAGCUGGCCAGGCCGGCCAUGGAAACCGAUCAGUUCAGUGUGCUGUGAGGCAGAGGAACUGGGAACCCAGCCAGCCCCACCAGGGGCCCCUGUGCUGGACAGACGCUUUAUGCCCAUAAAGUGCUGAGGAUUGGCUCUGGAUGGGAGCACCAUGCCCACCCGCAGUUCUGACUCCAGAUGGAACCAAGCCCCCAAACCGACACCUGGCCUAUGUACCAUGGGCCUUAGCCUGCUCU